CUUACAAGUUACUAGGUUUCAUUCAGCAUGGGCGACGAAGUCAUUCUCCCGAUCCCCAACCUCGUCCUCGCCCAGCAUUACUUUACCCUCAGCACGUCAUCCCUCACCCGCCUGCACGACAAUGCGCGCAAGGAUCUACUCGAGGGGAUCAAGGCCGACCAAAUGGCGCCUUAUUACAAGGUCGUAACCUCCAGCAAUGCCAUACCAACCGACGCCGCCGUGCUCAACGAACUGGAGAAAGCAAACGAGGACGAGCUCGCCAAGCUUGACGAGCGUCUCGCCGAGGCGGAGAAGACAGAGGGCGAGUCCGAGAUUUCAGACGCGCUCAAGGCCAGGGCAAACUAUCUCACGAAGAUUGGUGAAAAGGACCGCGCGAUCGAGGCGCAAAAACUCGCGCUCAAGAAGACGGCAGGCCUUGGAUCAAGGAUCGAUAUCGUGCUCACCCUCAUUCGGAUCGGCAUAUUCUUCGGAGACCACGCAGUCAUCACUGAGAACCUCGCCGAGGCUGAGAAGCUCAUAGAAGAAGGUGGCGACUGGGAUAGACGCAACCGGCUCAAGGUCUACCGGGGCAUGCACCUCGCAUCCAUCCGGCAGUUCGAGCGGGCUGGCGAGCUUCUCCUCGAUGCGCUCUCAACAUUCACGGCCGUGGAGCUUAUUCCAUAUAACGAAUUCGUUGCGCUCACGAUCAUCGUCAACACCCUCACGCUUAAGCGUGUUGAUUUGAAGAAGAAGCUAAUCUCAGCUCCCGAAGUCAUCUCCGCCCUCCCCGAGCUUCCCGUCCUCGCAGACUUUACGAGCAACCUGUACAAAUGCCAUUACGAGAAGUUCUUCGUUGCCCUUGCCAACCUCGAACAAAACUUUCUCCUUCCCUCGCGCCUCCUCUCGCCACACACACGUUACUACGUGCGCGAGAUGCGCAUCCUCGCGUACAGCCAGCUCCUCGAGUCCUACCGAUCGCUCACGCUCGACUCACUCGCGGCCGCAUUCGGUGUCUCUGUGCCCUUCAUCGAUUCGGAACUCUCGCGCUUCAUCGCCAACGGUCGGCUGCACUGCACGAUCGACAAGGUCGCAGGCGUGGUUGAGACGACGCGGCCGUCGCUCAAGAUCGCGCAGUACGAGAAGGUGGUGAAGCAGGGCGAUCUGCUGCUCACGAGUAUACAGCGGCUGAGCAAGGUGUUGUAUUAGAGAGGGAAGGGAAGCGUUUUCUUCCUUUGUAGCAUACAUAUCGUAAUAUCGCAUACGCAUUCGUUCGAGUGUCGUUCUU